AUUUUAAAUUAACUACUAGGAAUACAGGAUUAACUGUUAUAUGGAACGUAAUUUGUGUCUUGCGAAUGUCAAAAAUUUCACAGAGGUGUUAUGUCACAUCUCUUAAAUUAAUUUUUGUUAUUAUGUAUUGAUUAAAGCCAAGAAAUAUGGCGACUAUAAUCAGAACCACUUUGGUAAAGUUCAGCCCUCAAGGUGGAAAGAUCGCAGGAUGUACACUUGUCCAGAACAGGACCAUCAUGGGUAAAACCAUGCGGGAAUCGCUGGGUCCCCGACCACCAAAACCCCCUCCGUUUGACUACGAAAAUAAAUGUUACGGUUGGUUACGUAGCAUCGUAGACCGAACCACACACAGGUUCGAUGAGAAUUCCAAAGUUUUGGUAGUCGAAGGUCCAGUGGCCGUGGGUAAGACGCAGUUCGCUGCUAGCCUCGCUGAGGAUCUCGGCAUGAAACAUUUUCCCGAGGCCAACAUGGACAUUCACUAUAUCCGGCCAAAUGGUAUCGACCUUCGUAUGUUCGACAAGGACAUUCCAGAAGACACGAGAACUUUCGACCAUGUAAAUUUCAACCUGUCACCGAAUCACCGUCUUGCGGGCAACUACCAGAUCAUGAUGUAUAUUGCGAGAUAUAGUCAAUACAUCGAUGCUCUUACUCAUCUGCUAAACACUGGCCAAGGAGUUGUUCUAGAAAGAUCUCCAUACUCUGAUUUUAUUUUCCUAGAAGCUAUGUUUGCUCAGAAGUAUGUCAGCAAGGGUAUCAAGUCUGUGUACUAUGAGCUAAGAGCUAAUACUAUCGAGGACUUGAUGAGACCACAUUUAGUAAUCUACCUUGACAUGGCAGUGGAUAAGGUACAAGAAUCAAUCAAGAAGCGUGCCCUCAAGCAUGAGAUAGAAGGCAAAGCUUUGACUAAACCAUUUUUGACUGAAUUAGAACAUCAAUAUAAGAACAAAUAUCUCCGAGACAUUGCAACUCAUGCUGAGCUUCUUGUAUACGACUGGAGCGGUGGUGGUGACGUUGAAGUGGUUGUUGAAGAUAUUGAGCGUCUCAACUUCGAUCAGUACACGGAGCGCGAAGAGCCCAAGAUGAAGGACUGGCGUCUGCCCCGCGAAGUGGAUUGGGCUGAUAAGAGGAUGAUUUACACCAAUAACAAGAACUAUCUGAUGAACCUCUUCAACAUCCCUCGGUACGACGUGCCCGAACUGAUCACUGAUGCUGAAGACGGAUAUGAAAGAGACAAGGUUAUCUUCGAUCAUCCAGAUUUUCAGUACGUGGAGGGCUACGGCAGGAACGACUCUGGCCAACUGUUCAAGAACAAAGUGCCCAAGUAUACUGAAUGUAUUUAAAAUAUUCAAUCUGUAUAGUAGUUGUGAAUAAAACAAUAUAAUUACUUA